UACCCAACCCCUACCCCCGACCUCGGCCAUAAUCCUACUCUUGCCUCCGAGGCACGACGCCAGCCCUAAAUUCACAGCUUAAAACCAUGUCUUCAGCAAUGAACCGCAUCCGCGGCGCCUUUGCGCCCCCGCGCAAGGGCGAGACGUUCGAGCUUCGCGCUGGCCUGGUGUCUCAAUACGCCUCCGAGCGGAAGGAGUCCAUCCAGAAGACCAUCAUGGCAAUGACGCUGGGAAAGGACGUGUCGGCCCUGUUCCCAGACGUCCUCAAGAAUAUUGCCACCUCAGAUCUCGAUCAGAAGAAGCUGGUUUAUCUGUACCUAAUGAAUUAUGCGAAAUCGCACCCAGACCUGUGCAUCUUGGCCGUCAACACCUUUGUGCAAGACUCGGAAGACCCGAACCCCCUGAUACGAGCGCUGGCGAUCCGGACCAUGGGCUGCAUUCGGGUCGACAAGAUGGUGGACUACAUGGAGGAGCCGUUGCGGAAGACGCUGCGGGACGAAUCGCCCUACGUGCGCAAGACGGCGGCGAUAUGCGUCGCCAAGCUGUUCGACCUGAAUCCGUCCAUGUGCCUCGACAACGGAUUCCUCGAGAUCCUGCAGGAGAUGAUUGGCGAUCCGAACCCCAUGGUCGUCGCCAACUCGGUCCAGGCCCUGUCGGAAAUUGCCGAGACGGCGCCCGAGACCAAGGCCCUGGUCAUCACGCCAGCGAUCCUCAAGAAGCUCCUCAUGGCCUUGAACGAAUGCACCGAGUGGGGCAGAGUUACAAUUCUUAGCACGCUGGCCGACUACUUGUCGGGCGACAUCAAAGAGUCGGAGCACAUCUGCGAGAGAGUUGCGCCCCAAUUCCAACAUGUCAAUCCUAGCGUAGUCUUGGCGGCGGUCAAGGUUGUCUUCAUCCACAUGAAGUUCCUGAGCCCCGAGCUUGUCAGGCAGUACCUCAAAAAGAUGGCCCCUCCCCUGGUCACUCUCAUAGCAUCUGCCCCCGAGGUUCAGUACGUCGCGCUGCGGAAUAUUGAUCUCCUCCUGCAAGCAAAGCCCGACAUCCUAAGCAAAGAGCUAAGGGUAUUCUUUUGCAAGUAUAACGACCCGCCAUACGUCAAGCUCCAGAAACUCGACAUUAUGGUAAGGAUAGGAAACGAUAAGAACUUUGACCAGUUGCUCGCCGAGUUGAAGGAGUAUGCUCUCGAGGUCGACAUGGACUUUGUCAGGAGGGCUAUCAAGGCCAUCGGGCAAGUGGGCAUCAAGAUUGAAGCAGCAAGCGAAAAGUGCGUCAACACGCUUCUCGACCUCCUCAGUGCCAAGACAAACUACGUUGUGCAAGAGGUCGUCAUCGUCAUCAAGGACAUCCUCCGAAAGUACCCUGGAUACGAAGCUGUCAUCCCCACUCUCUGCAAAUACAUUGACGAGCUGGACGAGCCUGACGCACGAGGUGCCCUGAUCUGGAUCGUGGGCGAGUAUGCCGAGAAGAUUAACAACGCCGACGAAAUAUUAUCGGGAUUCGUAGAUGUCUUUGCAGAGGAGUUUACACAAACCCAACUGCAAAUCCUCACUGCCGUCGUAAAACUAUUCUUAAAGAAGCCGAGCAACAACCAGGGGCUCGUGCAAAAGGUGCUACAACAUGCCACGGCGGACAGUGACAACCCCGACAUCCGAGAUCGUGCAUACAUAUACUGGCGCCUCCUUUCUGGGGAUCUCGAAGUUGCGAAGAACAUUAUCCUCUCGCAAAAGCCGCCAAUCACAACAACAGUAACGAGUUUGCCAGCGGUGCUUCUCGAGCAACUGCUCUCAGAACUCUCCACCCUCGCAUCGGUUUACCACAAGCCGCCCGAGUCUUUCGUCGGCAAGGGCCGCUACGGAACCGACGAGAUCCAACGCGCCGCCAUCCAGGAACAGCGGGAGAACGCGGCCGAAGACCCGAUUGCCGCGUCGGUCGCGGCGGCUGCGGCAGCCAGUGGCGGUGCGAACAACAUCGAGAACCUGCUGGACUUUGACUUUGACGGUGCUGCGCCAGCGAGCGCGCAGCAGGGCACUCCGGACCGUGUAGCUAGUCCUAGCACGGCCGGCGGCUCGUCGAACGCCCCUGGUGGAGGUCUGGCCGACAUGAUGGGGCUGUUUGACGGCCCCGCACCGGCGGCAUCGCAGAAUACCCUCGGCGGCGGGGGAAUGGGCGAUAUGAUGAGUGGCUUUGCUGGAAUGGACAUAAGUGGCACCAGUGCUCCGCCGCCACCCGGGCAGCAGCUCGGCCACAAACCACUCGAGCCAAAGGGCGGGAGCGAGGACCUGCUAGGGCUAUUUUAACACUUCACUAGUACCGGGUAGAGCUAGACUGC